UAUGAGAUGUAUGCUAAUGGCUAAUGGACUAUGAUGGGGGUUUAGAAGUGAUUUAAACCACACUGUGACGAUUAUCAAACCAUGUUACGCUCCAUUUAUACAGUGGUGUUGUGUUGUAUGGAUUAUCAAUAUUUACAUGUUGCUGUAGAAUUUUCUGGCAUUUUUGUAAGCUGACAUCAUUUCGGCCAAAGCCAUCGCGGAAUUAGAAACCCUAUCCGACAGAAUGAAAGGUAUAUCACCAACCUUCGGUCAAAACCAAGAUUUCACAGGAAAACCAUAUUGUAAUUCAAUCUUCUAAUAUUUCAGGUUUGGACAAACGUAGGCUCAUCGCACAUUGACUAUGAAUGCAACUUCAAGGAUGGCAACUACUAUCGGGUUGAAUGACUCUUACACGACAGACACUGUAAUCAACCAUUCCUGCACCUUCGUUUUUCUUGAAGACGAAUGCGACCUGACUAUUCUUCUUUCCACCAUCAUGUUUUUCGUCACGUUGUUCAACAUCAUCUUCGGGGUCAUCGCCAACGUUCUCGUAAUCGGUAUCAUUCUUGCGACGAAAGAAAUGUGGACGAUUCCGAGCAUGUACCUUGCGAAUCUUGCAGUUACCGAUCUGAUGGUGCUACUGUUUGUAGCAGGGCUUAAUUGCUACGAGUAUUAUAUCGGGGCUUUCCAACCAACGGAAUACCACAUCCCACAAGCUUUCGUAUAUUACAUGGAAUUGGUGACUGCCUGUGCAACCGUUGUGAUGAUGAUCGCCCUUACCAUUGACAGAUUCUUUGCUAUUGUCUAUCCUUUACGAUCCAAGAAGUUUCGGACCAAGAAAACUGCUAUCGUGGUUUGCGUUGUUGUCUGGAUUUUUUCGUUCUGCUUUGGAGGGUUAUACUUUGGUGUUCCAUUUGGAGGUAACGCUCUUGAAGCGUGGAAGGAACCAAGAACAAGAUAUUUGAUCCCAUUUGGCUCUGUAUUCAUGUACGUCAUCCCCCUACUCAUCAUCUUUGGUUGCUACACGGGAAUACUUUACACAAUUUGGAAAGAAAGGGUUGCAAACGAACGCGUAUCUGACGCGACGCGCAAGAUACGCACCAGACAAAAGCACGCCGUGCUACGCGCAUCCGUGUUUGUUGUCUCCCUGUUCGCGAUCAUCCAGGGAUUCUACAUCGCUUCCUUGUUGUGGAUCGCUUUCGGAGGGUCUCGUCUCGUGGAGCCAUCCGUCGUCAUCAUCGAGUUCCACGUCGCGCAAGGUCUGUAUCAUCUAAACAGUCUCAUCAAUCCGUUCCUGUACGCUCUCUCGCACGAAAAGUUUUAUCAAUCUAUCUGGCAUGUUCUUUCCUGUGCAACUUCCCGCAGCAAGUGGAAGAAAUCUAUGGAAAUUCACCAAGCUCAAACCAGGAAAACAAACCAUCCAAACGGUGCAGGAAAACCAUCUACACUUUCUGACGUCAUUUUAACAGAAGACUGGAAGUCGCAAGGGGUCUAUAAUCUUGCUUAUGAUGUCACCAGGGCAGAAAUCUCCACUAGAUUGUAACGGAAAUUUUCUUUGGACUAUAAUUAGGCUAGAUUGACGGUAUAAGUGACGGAAGUGGCGAAUUGAAGAUUUCAAAGCCAUUAGCAUACUGUAGUAUGCGUUUAAGCACUCGCUUUGAUAUAGACCGACAAGUUUUAUUCUUUAUCAUGGUUGAUCUUCUAUAUAUAUUUAGGUAAUCAGAAUCCACAAAUAGAUCAGUUUUCUAGAACUCUUUCAUUAUAGGCCCCAUGCCCAUAUCUAGAGUGUAGGCAAUGUGUAUUCAGGAAUCAUAUGUAUACCUCAGCAGGCUUUCAAUGCAAUUCUGGAGCAAGAUCUACAGGGUGUUUUUAAAAAGGUAACCGAAAUUCAACAUGUUCAAAGGUCAGCUCUAUCAAGGCUACAUCACAUAUUCUUGAUUUUUUUUAUAUUUUACAUGACUGAGUAACUCACCAUCUUUUAUUUGACACCUUGCUUGUGUAACUGUUGUCACGGAUCACAGAGAUAUGCUCUAUCAAAGGUAGAGGGUACAAAACCUACUUUUUCCAAGUUAUGGGUUUUGAUGUAUACAUGCUCGAACCCCACUUUGUUGUACGGUUUUGGUUUCAUCAGAGUUUUUCCCUUCAAUUUAGAGAAAUGCUAUCCCAUCUCUUAACUCUUUGUGUGUACUGGCACUGAUAUAUCAACUGCCUGCCUUCAAUCCCUGAUGAACCCAUUAUUCCUCAAAAAAGCUUUUGCACCAACGCAUUCAACGUUUCCACAGUACCUCCCCAGUCGACGUUGCAUUUCUUUCAUUGCUCU